CUGAGUGACGAGGACGAUGAAGACUUGAUCCCUGGAGAGUUCACAUAUUUCUCUACACCUGAGGGGGACAAUAGAGAGGUGAAGGACAGACCCUGCUCAGAACCACUCAGGUCUGUGUUUGUCCUGUCUCAGAGCUGUGUUUUCAAUCAAAUGGUCCACAAUGGAGCAUGUAGGUCGCUGAGUGAGAUUGUACUGCCGUCCAGCCGGAGUAGGCAGAGGAAGCUCAUGCCCAUCAUCGUCUCCUCAGACACCAGCUUGGUAAUGGGAAUUGUGGAGAUGGUGAUGAAAGUCAUCAACUCCAGGCUAGCUCAGCUAAUGCUACAUGUGGGUUGUAAUCAGGGAACUGAAGGUCAUGGCAGCAACUCAGCAAGCAUUCAGUUUGCUCAAGAGAUGCUGAGCAUGGCAACUGCAUCAAUGUAUGCCCACGCCAUGGCACAUAUUGCGCACGGAAGCAAGUCCAACUGUCGCCAGUCCAAAAAGUCUCUGCUUGAAUUAGAGGGGGAGCUUGAAGCCAUAUUGGGUCCUCUGGCUGGACAGGUAAUAGUCACCAUCAUUAAUAUUAUCCUUAGGACUAAAGACAAUGGAAGAACUGAGCAGGAACGGACCACCCCUUUGAGUUAUUUCCUUACUGCGGUUUCUGCUGAAAUUCAAAGCAUGGUAGUUCAAAGAUCUGCAAGUAGACAGUCCUCCAGGCAGUCCAUCAGUGACCACUUGUUGAAUGUCUCCAAGGGCAAGAUUGUGAAAGCCGUUCAAAUUAAAAUGUCACAACUCUAUGGCGAGUCUACCAAUGAAAGCUGCAUAUCAGCAACUCCAACAAUCCAGAGCCUGUCCAAGUGCCCAUCCAAAGAAUCCCUUUGUGAUUGAACUCUCACCUCAGACGAUGUGCAUCCAGCUAAGUUUAUGUCUAGCAACAGAAUUACAGCAUUGUCGACUGAUGUUGUGGAUGUUGUGUUUGGUGAUGUUCUUUAUAAUCUUGGACUUUUGGACAGCCAAACACAUUUAAGGCCACAGAGCACUGGCUCCAGCUCAUCAAUAGAUAUCAGCGGUGUUGCUGGGGAGAUGGUCAGACAAGUCUCCGUAAAACUCCAGCCCUUUGUUUCUGAGAGCAGUCUGGAGGCCAUGUCCAUGACUCACGACUCACCAUCUUUGCCCAUCUCAGACUCUGACUUGAAGUUAUUGUGCUCUCACUCAGCGUUUGCUGUGGCAACUGCCUGCCAAGCAAUUAAAAAUGAGCUUGAGAUUGAGAUGAGUCUCAACCCAGCCACAGAGGCCGGCUCCCAGGGUAACCUUGCUGCCAGAGACCUGGUAUCUUCUCUGUCACAGAGUCUUGAGGACAUAGAUGUUUCUCACAUCAUUCAGGGCCUUAAGGAGGAAGAUGUGACAUUUGCCAAUCUGAACGAAACCCCUUUGACCGACACUAAUAGAUUAGAGGAAAUCUUAUCUGCCCAUAUUUCCCCUGAAAGUAUUGCAGCGGCAUCGGUUGAUCUUUUUGAUGGCGUAUUUGGAGACUUGCAUGAGGCAUUUGAGGCAAAUAAGGUCUCAGCAGCCACAAAAUCUGGUCGCAAAAAGUUCUGGGUGGAAGUACAUUCAAGUUCACAAAACCUGUACACCAAUGUGCUGGACUAACUAAAUAAGUGGUUCAGUUUACACCAUCUCACUGAGGAAAAAGAUGUCCCUCUGAAUACCAAGCUCUCUGCAACUGGACCACUCCUAACUGAGGCCUGUUUGGAGGUAUCUCCUGUGCAAAAGACCAGUAUUAACAGCUCUGGUAUGUCCUUCAGGUCUCUGAGUAAUAUCUCAGACAACCAGCUAACCCUCAACACAUGCACUAAAGAGGUCAUCAAAAAGGUGGCCUCAGUUCUGAAGGUUGAGGCUUCUAAGGAAGACUGUUCUUCUUCCAUUGGAGGGAGGACAUUAAAUGUGUUCUUGGAGUUCAGCCAGAAGUUGGAUGCUCUCAUUUCAAAGUUGGAGGACCUCCCCAUUUCUGGUGAGAUUUCCUCUCUCACACAGCCACAAAGUGCAGUCAGCAGCAUCAGAACCUCUAAUAUUUCCAUCCGGAGUAUUCUAAGUGUGGAGUUCCACACAAAGGCUAACCAGAUCGUGAGUGAGGCCAUCUUUGGAGCUGCAAUUGUUUUCAUUGCUCGCAAGGCCAACCAUUUGGAGCUACUGAAUAUGCCUGCUACCUAUUCACAGCAUCUGUUUGCAGCAGCCUCGGACAUUGUGAACAUUAUUGUGGAAGACCUAGAGAGAGAGACCAUGGAUACAGAGUCCCACCUCACACCUAAAAUAGUUUUUGACGAGUUCCUGGAUGUGGCUCACAACAUCUACUACCGAGUGCGGGAUAGGCUGAAGGUCUUCUUCUCCAUGUCCCCAGUGCCAGCCUCCAAAACCAAAGAUGUGGUGGAUUCCAUGCCUGUGGAGAAACAUGGAUACUUUGAGGCCUCUGACAAUGCUCAUGACCCGGAGCGACCUCAAUCUGUCAGGAGUGAGAAGAUGUUGACAAAAGACAGUUUAGCCAAUAUUGAAAGGUCUAAAUCCCUUGCAUCUCAGGGUGGCACGUCAACAGAAAAUCAAGACUUUGACACCUUCACAUUAACACCCAUCAAGAGCAUGUCAGUGUUGAGUGAUCACAGUUUGAGAGGAGAUUUUUCUCUCUUGAGUGAAAGUUGCCAACCACUUUUGGCUCUCCAAGACUCAACAGUGCCAGUCACUAAGCAGAGUUUCACCAAAUCUGCUAAGAACACCCUCAGCCAGAUCCUAAAUGUGAUCAAGUGCAGAGUGGUUGCCUCGGAUAAUUCACCUGUUGGACAGAAGACAACUGACAUGUUGGACUCUCUUCUUGAGAGCCUUGACCAGUUGACUGCAGAUGAGAUAAAGGGGACAGCGUCCCACAGCUUGAUCACAAUGGAUGUGCCAGAGUCACUGUCUAAGCAAUCCUUAACAAAAUGCUUGUCAACUCAUGAGAGGAACCAGGAUUCUUCCCCUGCAAAGCUUGUGUGUCAACCAUCAUGCCUGAUACCAGCAUCCAUGUCUGACACCAACAUUAUAUUGCAAACUAUAAUGGAAACGCUGGUGACGGACAAAUCAAAGAAGACUUCAGCAGAGGAAAACCUUGAGGCUUAUCUCCAUUGAAACCAUUCAAGGUGUGUCAGACGACCUCAUCACAAAGGUCCAUGGUCUCAUUCAGGAGAUCACAAUAAGCCGGCAACUUCAAUCCAUGGCUGGCCACAGGAGCUUCUCUGAACCAAAGCCAGCCCUGAAAAAGCUGUCAUGGAAUGAUGCCUCUGAGCUCGCCUACAGCUUUGCUGAAAAUUCUGUUUGGACUCUCCUGGUGCAGUGUUUAGAUGUGUCGCUCUUUUCCACUGGAGUAAGGCAGACGAUGGAUCAGGUCACUAAGAUAAUGACCAACACAGUGAUGGACACCCUGACUGAUGUGUCCAAGCCCACAGUGAAGUCAGAGGAUGGCAAGUUAAAUUGCCAUUUUAACUCUGUAGAGGAAUCUUUUGUAACGUGCUCAAUAGAUUGUUUCUUAUGAUGUAAAGUUUACUGACUUCAACUGUGCCUAAUGUAUCAUCUCUACUUCUCCUAGAAUUAGUUUCCAGGUUAGUCCUACCAGAUGAAUUCCCAACCAGGAGCCUUAACCCAUAUGAUGACAACGCUGAGGUGAUGCCUCGCUCUGCUGGUGGUGAAAAGAAUAGCAAGAAGUGGCGUUUCCUUUUCAAAAUGCCUAACAUCCCGAAGAUCAGGAUCAAGGUGUUCAAGAGAAAAGGACAAUCCAAGAAGCACCCUGAACUGGAAGCGCUGCCAACAAAACGUUUCAGUGAUAUGUCACUGAAGGUUCCUUCCGCUUCCCCGCCCAUGGAGGACCUGAUACCUGCACCUGCUGCACAGGAUCCCCAGUCCCGUAAAUGCCCCUUCGUGGUUAGGGUGUUUCGGGCCCUCUCUCGAGCCAUCACCAGCCCCUUCAGAGGAGCUUCAGGGAAGAAGGACUAGAUAAGUGCCUGAUUUUAAUAAACAU